AUGGAGUACUACUACUAUCACAUUCUACUGGCUUUUGUCCCUCUCGUCGUGUACUACUACUACCUCAUAAAAUCAUGGUUCCGCGGUCAUCGGCUCCCGCCGGGCCCAUGGCAACUUCCCGUCAUCGGUAGCCUCCACCACCUCCGCGGCGACGUCCCACACCGCAGGAUGCGCGACCUGUCCCGCCGCCAUGGGCCUGUGAUGUUCCUCAAACUGGGAGGGAUCCCGGUUGUGGUCGCCUCAUCCCGCGAAGCCGCGGAGGAUGUGCUGAGCACCAACGACGCCGUGCUGGCUUCCAGGCCGCAGACUCCAACGGUGAAGGUCCUGACAAGGCAAGGGCACGACAUCGUGCUGGCCAAACAAGGGGAGCACUGGCGGCAGUUGCGCAAGAUCUGCGUGCACGAGCUUCUCAGUGCCAGCCGCGUCCGGUCCUUCCGGCCCAUCCGUGAGCAGGAAGCCAUGCGGCUCGUCCAGGCCGUGGCGGCCUCGUCGGCGGGUGCGAACCUCGACGAGCUGCUCGCCGCGCAUGUCAACAACGUGACUGUGCGCGCAGUCAUGGGUGACGGCGAGGUGGAUGACCGGGAAACGUUGCUGCGUCUCACCGCCAAAGCCAUUGAGUUGGUCGGGAGCUUCCACCUGGCCGACAUGUUUCCAUCGUCGUGGAUAGCACGUGCUCUGAGCUCCCGGGCCAUGCACAGGGUGGAGCUGUACGUGGAGGAGCUAUUUACAUUCAUGGAUGUCAUCAUAAGUCAACACCUGGAGAGAAGAAGAAGCUCGGCGCAUGUGGAGGAAGAAGACCUCAUAGAUGUCCUCUUGAGGAUUCGUGAGGAAAGCAGCCUUGGGUUCCCUAUUUCCAUGGCUACAAUCAAGGGCGUUCUCUUUGAUGUUUUAGCAGCGGGGAGCGAAACUCCGGCGUCGGUGCUCCUGUGGGCCAUGGCAGAGCUGAUGAGGAACCCGGCCAUCAUGUCUAGGGCACAAUCUGAGGUAAGAGAGGCCUUCAUGGAGCAAAGGAAAGUAACCGAGGAUGGCCUAGGAAAACUGAGCUACUUGCAAAGUGUGAUCAAAGAGACGUUGAGGAUGCACACUCCUGGACCAUUGGCGCUGCCAAGGGAGAGCCAGGAAGCAUGCCGCAUCAUGGGGUAUGAUGUGCCCAAGGGGACAAUGGUCCUUGUGAAUGCAUGGGCAAUCUCAAGAGACCCGGAGCAGUGGGACGAGCCAGAGGUGUUCAAGCCAGACAGAUUUGUGACCGACAGGAGGGAUUUCAGAGGACGCGACUACGAGUUCACGCCGUUUGGUGCCGGACGACGGAUCUGCCCUGGAAUGCUGUUCAGCGCUGCCAGUAUGUAUCUGGCUCUCGCGCAUCUCCUUUUCUAUUUUGACUGGGAUCUCAUGGAGGACACGACCGCUGCUGAACUGGACAUGACCGAAACUAUGGGAAUGACCGCUAGGAGGAAAGCACAACUUUGGCUAAAGCCAACACUUCACGCUUCUUUUGAUUUCAAGAUGAACUAA